AUUGCAGACGGCCGGCCGAGAUGCCAGCGCCCGGGCUGCGAUGCUCCGCGCAGGCAUCGCUGGCUUCCAAGGAUGUCUGGAGAGGAGAAGACCACGGAGGGAGAAGAGCGGCUGAGUCGCGGGAAAGUUUGGCCCACCAAGUUGUGAAAAACUUUGCCUUCAUGACCCAAAGGAGACAUUUAGGGGAUUCCUGUGAGCGGCACUCCUCUUCGCCCCCUCGUUGGCAUCUCUCCUGCCCUGCGCCAACCUUACGGGGCAGACUCGGAGGAUGUGAGUUCUGGAGAAGGUGAGCCUGGCCAAGCUGGCCGGAGAAGCAGCUGAAGUGCCCAAGUGGACUACAACUCCUCGGCUGUCCGUUCCUUGGGGUCGCAUGCCGUUGUUGUUGUUGUUGUCGCCGCCGGACGCAGGUGGGCCAUGGGGAUCCAAGGGAUGGAGCUCUGCGCCGUGGCCGUGGUCAUCAUCCUCUUCAUCGCCGUCCUCAAACAGUUUGGGAUCCUGGAGCCCAUGUCGAUGGAAGACAGCAGCGAUAGCGAGUUGGAGCUUUCGACCAUCCGGCAUCAACCGGAAGGCCUGGACCAGCUGCAGCUUCUGACCAAAUUCAGCAAGAAAGAGCUCCAGUCCCUUUACCGGGGAUUCAAGAACGAAUGUCCCAGCGGCUUGGUGGACGAGGAGACCUUCAAGCUGAUCUACGCCCAGUUCUUCCCCCAAGGAGAUGCCACCAUGUAUGCCCACUUCCUCUUCAAUGCUUUCGACAUCGACCGGAACGGAGCCAUACGUUUUGAGGAUUUUGUGGUCGGCCUCUCCAUCCUCCUGCGAGGGACGGUGCACGAGAAGCUCAGCUGGGCCUUCAAUCUCUACGACAUCAACAAGGACGGAUACAUCACCAAGGAGGAGAUGUUGGCCAUCAUGAAGUCCAUCUACGACAUGAUGGGACGCUACACCUACCCGAUCUUAAGGGACGACGCUCCGGUUGAACACGUGGAGAAGUUCUUCCAGAAAAUGGACAAAAACCAGGACGGCGUGGUCACCAUCGAAGAGUUCCUAGAGACAUGUCAAAAGGACGAGAACAUCAUGAACUCCAUGCAACUCUUUGAAAACGUCAUUUAGGACUUUUAGGGGGGAAAAUCCCCUUUCCGGCUCCUCCGACCCUUCCGCACUCGAACUUUCUUCCUUGCGAAGCACACACUCUCUCCAUGGAGAAAGACAACAACAAACAAACCAAAAACUCUUUUGUAGAUUCAAACCGGGGGUGGAGGGGAGCGGGAAGAGCCAAAACAUAAAUAAGCCCCCCAGGAAAAAGAUAAACGCCACUAGCUUGCCGGAUUUGCAGGGUUUUUAUGACUAAAGGAGGAAAAGAGACUGAUAGCGAAGUUGGAUGGCCAUCUGCCGGGAGGGUUUGGAUGGUGCUUUUCCUGCCUGGCGGAAGGAAAAGGCUUGGACUAGAUGCCCUUUGGGGAGCUCUUCCAACUCUUCUACAACAAAGAAAGGAGAAUAUUAUGUUAAGCAAAGGUGUGAUGGCUAUCUGCCGGGAGGGAUCGGAUGGUGCCGAGGCAUGAUGGCUAUCUGCUAGGAGGGAUCGGAUGGUGCCUUCCUUUAUGGCUGAAAGAGGUCUAGACUCGAUGCCACUUCCAACUCUUUGAUUCUAUGUUCCUGUUUCUUAUGUUCAUGAGUGAAUGGCCAUCUCUUGGGAGGGAUCGGAUGGUGCCGUCCUUUAUCAUGAUUGAAUGGCCAUCUCAUGGGACGGAUCGAAUGGUGCCGUUCUUUAUCAUGAGUGAAUGGCCAUCUCUUGGGAGGGAUCGGAUGGUGCCAUCCUUUAUCAUGAGUGAAUGGCCAUCUCAUGGGACGGAUCGAAUGGUGCCGUUCUUUAUCAUGAGUGAAUGGCCAUCUCUUGGGAGGGAUCAGAUGGUGCCAUCCUUUAUCAUGAGUGAAUGGCCAUCUUUUGGGAGAGAUCGGAUGGUGCCAUCCUUUAUCAUGAGUGAAUGGCCAUCUCUUGGGAGGGAUCGGAUGGUGCCAUCCUUUAUCAUGAGUGAAUGGCCAUCUUUUGGGAGGGAUCGGAUGGUGCUGUCCUUUAUCAUGACUGAUAAUGAUUGCAUGGCCAUCUCUUUAUCAUGAUUACAUGGCCAUCUCUUGGGAGGGAUCGAAUGGUGCCAUCCUUUAUCAUGAUUGAAUGGCCAUCUCUUGGGUGAGAUUGGAUGGUGCCGCCCUUUAUCAUGACUGAAUGGCCAUCUUUUGGGAGGGAUUGGAUGGUGCCGUCCUUUAUCAGGAUUGAAUAAAGCAAGGGCACGUCUACACUGUGGAAUUAAUGCGGUUUUGAUACCACUUGAACCUCCAUAUCUCGAUGCUGCGUAUAUCCCGGGAGUUGUAAUUUUACAAAGCCUUGAGCCUUUUCUGCCAAACUUCCGGGAUACCAUAGCAUUGAGCCAAUGCAGCCCAAGUGGCGCCAAACUGGAUUAAUUCUGCAGUGUAGAUGCACCCAAGAUCUGUUCAUCCAGGUGUAAACAACAUGCUCUCCUAAACUGCUGCCCUGUGCCAUAGAUCCCAAAUGGGACCGGACCUGUCUCGUUCAUUUGUCAGCAUUUCCGAGGUUCUACACUGUAUAAUUAACCCAGUUUAGUGCCACUUUAGCUGCCAUGGCUACAGUCUUGAGCCUAAACCUCUCACGAUUCUAUAGGACAGGUAUUGGAAAGCUUGGGCCUAAGCUUCCCAAUACCUAUCCUAUUAUUAUAAACUAGCAUUAAGCAAUUGCAGUUGCAAGUGGUACCAAACUGGGUUAAUCCCACAGUGUAGACAGAUGCAACCCUUUCUCAGGAUUUGUGAGUUUGCACUAAAGAAGUCGUAUCUCCAAUCAUUUCGUGAUGAGAAACCAAUGAACUAUUGUUCUUCCCAAAAGUAAGGAAAACCCUAAAUAGAUUGCAAUUCAUUAUGUGUUCUUUGAAAAAAGCAGAUCCAUCUGUGCAGAAGCCCAGAAAGGAAAUGCAUUUUUUUUAAUUUUUGCAUUUUGCACAAAGCGUUGUGUCUGCAUUGUAGAUUUAACACAGUUUCGGCACUCCCAGGAUUCCAUAGUCGUUGAAAGCAAUCCCAAACUGCAUUAAGUCUACAGUGUAGCUGCAUCCUGCAGUAAGGAUUUUGGCUUAUUGUUA